AACGAGCAAGAUCUACAAGUAGAAACCGCCGUACCUACCUACCGCAUCGUGCUCUUCGCGAUAACUGCCGUCGCUUGAUGUUUGAGGCUGCAGCUUAUACUCCCUGGCACAAUACCGUCCAGGGCGAUACGGUGCUCUACGAGCUAUUCUACCGUACCGGUGCAGCACCAGUGCUGUGCUCUACUGUGUUGGUCCAGAGAAAAGUGGGGCGGUUUUCGUCCACGGCAGUUUGUCACUGCCGAUGUGGGUACCGGUACUCGUACUAUCGUAUCAUAGCUUAUUCUAUCAUAUCGUACUCCCCCCCGGCAAAAGAUCGCCGGACUGGCUUCUUAGGAUCCAGCUAUUUUUCCUUUUAUCCCGCCCCCCUGUGUGCCGACUUUGUGGGAACUUGUUAUUGCUGCGGGGAAGGAUGGAAGGAGGGAAGUCCUGUCUUGAGUUUGGGAUCGACCGGCCCUUCCUUGACUUUUCUUUUCGGUUUCGGACGCCGGGUGGAUGGGUGGAUGCGAGUGGGAAAGGGAAGGAGCUUUCUCCCUCUUCGCUUUGGCUUUGAGUCGAAGUUGGAUUUGAAUUUUGUCUUUAUCGGUAGCAGUGAUAUCUACAUGUACGAAUGGCUGGGGGAUGAAAGGGGGAAGGAAAAAAAAAAAAAGUACAAUCGUAUUGUGCUGUGGUUCAAUUCGAUACCGGUAUUUUGACAUUUCAAACUUAUUCGACUUCAUUUUUAUUUCCGAGAUGUAAGAAAAGAUAGAAAAAAAGAGC